AUGUCUCCCUACCAGCUGGUCUAUGGCAAGGCGUGUCAUUUACCAGUGGAACUGGAACAUAGAGCUUACUGGGCAACUAGAUUCCUCAACUUUGAUGCCAAGGCUGCAGGAGAAAAAAUGAUACUCCAGCUAAAUGAGUUGGAUGAAUUCCAACAAGAUGCUUUUAACAAUGCUAAAACUUACAAGGAAAGAGCCAAGAAAUGGCACGAUAAAAAGGUCUCUCCCAGAAUCUUUGAGCCUGGCCAAAAGGUUUUACUCUUCAAUUUCAAACUCAAGCUCUUUCCUAGGAAGCUAAAGUCACGAUGGACAGGACCUUUCAUGGUCACUAAUGUAUCACCUUAUGGUCAUAUAGAGCUCCAAGAUAGACACUCUGAUAAAAUAUUUACAAUGAAUGGAUAG